CUCGAGCGACGUCGAGCACCAGCUAGCUAGCGACCCCGCCGACCCGCGCGCGCCUAUAAGAGUCGUCUCGGCCGCCCACGUUAAGAAACGAGGCUUCACGAGCCGAGCAAGAACCACGAGGCCGGCGCUCGACCGGCAGCUCGCGCGCGCGGCCCCGACCGAUCAGCGCGAGCGUUAAGUAACGUCGGCGGCCGAUCCGGCCGGGCACGCGCAAGUACGCGCUCGAUCGCACGGGAUCACACAGCUAGCCAUCGAUGGCGGCGGCGAGGUCGGAGGCGAAGGCGGAGGGCCUCCUCCGGGCCGCGUGCGCGGCGCUGGCCGCGGCGGCCGCGAUGCUGUUGGGGCUGAGCACGCAGACGGAGACGGUGCUGCUCGUCCGGAAGAAGGCCACCGUCAAGGACGUGCAGGCCCUUUGGGUGUUGGCGAUGACGGCCGUCGCGGCGGCGGGGUACCACCUGCUGCAACUGCUCAAGUGCUUCUACCUCGGCCGCUUCGCCGUGAGCCCCUACCGGAACAGCAGGGCCUUGGCCUGGACAUGCCUGCUGCUCGACAAGGCGUGCGCGUACACGACGUUCGCGACGACGGUGGCGGCGACGCAGGCGUGCAUGAUCGCGCUGGAGGGCGCGCACGCGGUGCAGUGGAUCAAGCUCUGCAACAUCUACACCCGCUUCUGCGAGCAGAUCGGCGGCAGCCUCGCGCUGGGGAUGCUCGCCGCCGCCGGCACCACCGUCCUCUCCGCCGUCUCCGCGCGCAACCUCUUCCGCCUCUACCCGUCGGCGACGCGGCCCUACGCCGCGCACUAGCUAGGCCCACCAUACUUACUGGGCCGUGGAGAAAUAUCAGGCCCAUAUCCAGGCCUAAGCGAAGGGUAGCUUUGGGUUGUGAAGAUGCAGAUACAACAUAUCUACUCCCGGGUGUUUUUUUUUCCUUCCGCUUUUCAUGCAUUUGUCGCCUAGUAAGACAUGAAUAUGUACUCCAGUGUAUCUGUAUGUAUUUGUAGUGUAUGUUGUUUCA